UCUCUCUUAACGCCUUAUAUUUUCUUUUUUUUCGUUUAUUUUUUUUAGGGUUUGGUGGGCUUCUCAAAAUUAUCUGGGACUCUUCUUCUUCUUCCUCCUCGGCAACCUUGAACAAAACCCUAAUUCUUCUUCUCAAACUGGCGCAAUCGCGGAAUCCAUGGAGGUCGCCGCGAACUCCCACCGCGAAUCCACCGCGGAAUCCGAAUCGAACCCUUGCGACCCCGCCGCGCUCGGUCCCACGGGGCUCAUCGAUCGCGAGGAGUUCGUAAGGAUCAUCCUCCAAUCCCUCUACUCCCUCGGCUACCGCAGGGCCGCCGAAACCCUAGAAUCCGAGUCCGGGAUCGGGGCGCACUCGCCGGAGUUCUUGGCCCUCCUCCGCCACGCCUUGGCGGGGCGGUGGGAGGAGUGCGUCGCCACCAUCGCCGCGGUCGGGGGCCCCGCGGCGGAGGCGCGGGCGCGGGCGUCGUUUCUCGUGUGGAGGGAGCACUUCUUGGAGCUCCUGGGGUCGAGCGAGGGGCUUGUCCCCGCGAGGGAGGUGCUCCGGUGCCGCAUCGACUCGUUGGGAAUCGAUCGCCGCAUGGUGCACCGCCUCGCGCGCUCCAUGAUCUCGUCGGAGGGGGCGGUGAGGACGGAGAGCGUGAUCGAGCAGAGGUUAGGGUUGCUGUUGGAUUUGGCCGAGGUGCUACCGCCGUGGGUUAGUGUUCCCGUUGGGAGGUUGGAGCGAUUGGUCGAAAUGGCGGUGGAUAAACAGAUCGCAUCCUGUGUUUACCAUAACGUUCCUGAUGAGGUUACCUUGUUCGAGGAUCACAAAUGCGGGGAAGAGAAGAUCCCUUCUAAUUGUAGCCAGAUUUUAUGUGACCAUACAGAUGAAGUUUGGUUUGUGCAGUUUUCAAACAAUGGGAAGUUCUUGGCAUCAUCUUCUAGUGAUUGCACAGCUAUUAUAUGGACGGUAGAAGAGGAUGAUACCAUAUCAAGGACGCACUGUUUACGGGGCCACACAAAACCCAUCUCCCUUGUUGCUUGGAGCCCUAACGACAAAAUGCUGCUAACAUGUGGCAAUGCUGAAACCCUAAAACUAUGGGAUGUGGACAGUGACACUUACAAGCUCAGAUUUACUAGCUCGACGGACCAUAUAAUCAGCUCAUGUGCGUGGUUUCCCAACUCUGAGAAAAUAGUUUGCGGCAGCGGGGAGCCAGAUAAGAUGAUCUUCACCUAUGACCUCCAAGGCAAUGAGAUUGAUGUCUGGGACGGGGACCGGAUCCCUAAGGUCUCUGAACUUGCUGUUACGCCGGAUGGACGGUUCCUUGUCAGCAUAUGCUCCAAUAGAGAUAUUUGGAUACAUGAAUUUCCACGGGGUAAAGAAUGCCUCAUUUGCGAGGAGCACUCGAUCACAUCUCUUUCCCUUUCGAGGGAUGGCAUGUGGUUGAUCGUCAAUCUGAACAGCGAAGAGAUCCAUUUGUGGAAAGUAAAUGAUGAGUCUGAAGUGCCAGAAAGAUUUAAGGGGCACAAGCAAGGGAAGUACGUGAUUAGGUCUUGUUUUGGUGGAUUGGAUUGUUCGUUCAUUGCCAGUGGCAGUGAGGACUCUCAGGUAUACAUUUGGCAUAGGAAUCAUGGCAAACCAAUCAAAGUCUUAAAUGGACAUUCAUCGACCGUGAACUGUGUAUCUUGGAACCCAACAAAGCCUCAUAUGUUGGCAUCUGCAAGUGACGACCGCACAGUCCGCAUAUGGUUGGCAGAUACAACUCCAAAGCUCAAUACGUAAGCUAACUUAUGUUUUCUGUUCCUUUAUAUCUGUAAAUAGUUGUAAAUGGUGAGUCUAAUCCGCGAUGCCAAUAAUGUUGAUACCCAUGUUUUUUUGUCGAAUAAAUCAAGUCAUAGUUAGCAAAAUAAACAUCUAUUUUUAAACUCAGAAAAUACCUCCUAUUUUUCAAUGCGCUGUGCGUGUGCAUAUGUAAAGUUCUGGUACAGUGAUUAGCCACUGAUUGUUUGUAUAGCAUGCAACUGAAUAUGGACAAUGGCAUGUUUGACUCAGAGAUCAAUAACAGCUUUUUAUUUCGAGAA